UGUUGAAAACCUCUAAAUCAUCAUCUCCAGUGAGAGUUGAGAGUUCAAUAUAGAUUUCUAACUGUCCAUAGGACAUUUCCACUUGGAUACCCUGUUAUCAUUUCAAGAGAUGCCCUUUCAAGUUUGUCUUCUGCGUUCUGCAUCAAGAAACUUUCAAUUCCUCAUUCUUUCCUUCCCAUCAUCAACUUAAUUUCACUACCUUUCUUAACCCCGUUGUCACCACUGAAGACCAGACCCACAUCACCUCAAAGCCAGGUGACUAGGUGGCCUCCCAUUUGGUCUCCCAGUCUCCAAUCUCUAUCCCCCUCAAAUCCUUCCUACCAAAUCCCACGGUGGGCACACGGUAUGGGCACUGUCAAUACAGCACGUAAGGCCGGAUGAGUAAUUCAGAAAUAUUAAUGCCAUCUUCCAUACACUUCUAUAGCCCAUUGGGCUUCUAACUAUCUAAUUUUUAUCAUCGAAUCACAUCCAUCAGAAGAAGGCAGGUCGGAGAGCAUCAUUUCAUUCUACAGAUGAUUCAACUAAGGUCCCAAGACUGAGUAAACCCUUAAGAUGCUGGCAGAAAGGACCUGCAGAACACACCCAGCACAGUGCUCUUACUAUAGAAUAGGGGGCUGUCGACCCGCCCAAGACAGGCUGGUUUCCUGUACUUACUCUUACACAUAAGAGCGCAUAACAAUCACCUAAGGCUCACUGCCGGAUUUCAGAUCAGUAGGUCCGGGGUGGGCCGGGAAAUCCAUAUUUGAAAUGAACCCCCCGCCGCAUGGUGAUGCAGGCGAUGCGAGGGCCGCACCCUGAGAGGCAGCUGAGAACGAGCUGACUUCACAAACAGCCUCCUGCCGCCCACUGUCGGCCGCACCAACGCCCAGGCUCCGGGCGGACACAUCUCCGCCGCCGUCAGCCUGCCCCACACUCCAGGCCCGGGUCGGCGGCAGGCUGACUCUAGUCGGACAAGAGCAGGGCACCGAAGUGCACAGCCACCCACCAGUUGGCUUCCACUUUGGCCAGCCACAGACACGGGUGGGGACUGGCGGCUACUGUAGCCAGGAGCUUGUAACGAAGCCGCCCAUUGGCUCACUCGGCAUUACUUGGCCCGAGCGCUUCCAAAGGCUUCGAGGAUUGGCUGAGGCUCUCGGCGCCGCGGCCAGUUGGCGGGUAGGAUUCUAAGGGGCGGGUUCUGCUUGGGCCCCGCCUCCCCCUGCGGCCACCGCCUCUCCACUUCCGCUUCCUUGCGCCCCAGCGACAGAAGUGUUAAGGGGCGUCUCUCCCUUUGCCACCACCGGCUGGGUGUGUCAGACCUGUGCUGCUUUGAAGGGAAGAGUGGUUUGAGAGCCCAGUCACUCAAAAAUUGAAUUUGGGGCAGGAGGCCCGCGCCUGAGCGCAGCCGUCCGUGGCUGCGAGCCCUGGCUGAUGCGCAGACGCCUGGAGAGCAUGGCUGAGGAUGCGACCAGAGCCUUGGGGAAAGGAAGCCUCCCCCCAGGGCCGGUCCCAGAGGGCCUGAUCCGCAUCUACAGCAUGCGGUUCUGCCCCUACUCGCACAGGACGCGCCUCAUCCUCCAGGCCAAAGGCAUCAGACAUGAAGUUAUCAACAUUAACCUGAAAAACAAGCCUGAAUGGUACUACACAAAGCAUCCUUUUGGCCAGAUUCCUGUCCUGGAGAACAGCAAACAUCAACUGAUCUACGAGUCUGUCAUCGCCUGUGAGUACCUGGAUGAUGCUUAUCCCGGCAGGAAGCUGUAUCCCUUCGACCCUUAUGAGCGAGCUCGCCAAAAGAUGUUAUUGGAGCUGUUCUAUAAGGUGCCACAUUUGACCAAGGAGUGUCUGGUAGCCUUCAGAUGCGGGAGAGAAUGCACCGAUCUGAAGCUAGCCCUGCGUCAAGAAUUCUGCAACCUCGAAGAGAUUCUUGGCUAUCAGAACACCGUCUUCUUUGGUGGAGACUGUAUAUCCAUGAUUGAUUACCUCUUUUGGCCCUGGUUUGAGCGGCUGGAUGUAUAUGGAAUAGCCGACUGUGUGAGCCACACCCCGGCCCUUCGGCUCUGGAUCGCAGCCAUGAAGCAGGACCCUGCAGUGUGUGCUCUUCUCACAGAUAAGAACAUUUUCCUGGGCUUCUUGAAUCUCUAUUUUCAGAACAACCCCGACGCCUUUGACUAUGGGCUAAGCUGCUGAGGCUCACAGUCCACCCCUUCACCAGCCAGAAUUCCCAAGCUCAUCACAAUGCUGCGUCAGGAAUUGUUUUGGUGGGUCAAUAAAUCUCUGUUCAUUUUCUUUGAAGUUCCCAAUAAACAUGGAGACAGAAAAUGUAUGCUUUCUGAUAAUCAUUUGUAUGAGUCUUCUAGCCCAUAGCUUCUAAAGACUCUCUAGAAGUCUCUAGUGCCCGGUGCUAACGUCCAAGCACAUUUUGGGAUCCUGUGUGCCUGCGGGUUCCUUGGCCUUUUCCCCAGUUUGACCUCCAGAUUGUUAGUGCUGAUGCCGAGGUUCCAGGUCUACCCAUCCCUGAUGUUUGUCACCACAGAUUGGCACCCCCACAAGCUCCCAGGAGAGAGGAAAGUUAGAGAAGGGAGGGAAGAAGAAAACACUCCAAGUCAAAAUAUCCUCCAUCUGGCAAACGAAAGCUGCGGUCCUCAUGGGCGUGCACGAGUAUCACUCUCACUCAGGCUUUGGCUGUGGGCCUGGGAGACACCGAGGGUCUUGUGACUGAAAGAAUUCCAAAGCAGGAAACGAAACACCCGUUAUCACCCUGGACUAAGUACGUCAGAAUUUCACCGGUGCUGUCAGGGCUCAGGAUGGCUCACAAUGUUCCCUAGCCGACAUCCUGCCUUAAAAAAACACACACACUCCAAACCGAGUCUCAGGCAAAGGUCACUCUGUUGGAUUUGCGUCACACGCUCUUUCAGUUCGUCCCAACAGAUGCCUCUGGUUGCCUGUGUGCACCAAGCCCUGGGCCAUGGAGGGCAUAAAGGUGACAAAGAUGACACCCAGGAGGCCCUGAUCUCUCCGCUUGUCUUGGUUGCGGUUUUAAGCCUAGUGCUUUGGAGGCGCUCGUCUUGCAGCAGGAAUGCAUCCCUCGGCCAGCCAUGGCAUCUCCGCAGGCUCGGCCCGGCAGUGCCCACCACUGAAGAUGGACAGGUCUGUCCAAUGCCAUUUUAUCUCGGAGUCUAGGGAUCAGCCUGUGACCAUUUCAGCUUUGUUCACACCAAAUCCUUUCCUGGACUCUAGCCAUGCUGAGAGACCAGGGAUGGCCGUGGUGAUGUUUUGACUUGUCCGUGCCCACAGAGAAGCUGUUUGCUGCCCCUACUUCUGACUCAGCCCAAACCAGGGCCAUUUCCCCCCAUGUCUCAGCCCGCCCGGCCAUCUGCUGCCUCUGGUGGAUUUUGACUCAUGUAAAUAGUUACCAGUGUGACUCCAUGCCAUUUGGACAGACACAAGCCUGCUUGGGGAGGUGGCCUGGUCUGCCAGAACAGGCACUGCCUGACAGGGGCAGUCUGCUGUGCCGUCUGCUCAGGAUAGGGCAUCCUGUUGCUGUGGCGCCCGGGCCAAUGCAGAGUGAAGUCAUAUUUCCCUGGGAUCUUUGCUCGACCCCUGUGGCCUCUCCUAGGACUUGGGGACAGAUGGGUCUUUGCAGGUGUAAACCCUGUGUGCUGGUGAGUCUUUGGCAUGGGACCAAAAUUGCUGUUGACACAACAGAUAACAGCGUGUUUCCAGAUGGCCACACCAAAGAUGCUCUCUUUAGGGGCUCCUCACACUAACUUAGAAAGCUUGAAGAACCAGGAAAUAAAGGAUGGAGAAAAGUGCUCAUGGGGAAAGGUUGCAGGCUGGUGGCCUGUAGCCCAGUUUAGGAUUUGAAUGCCUUUCGGCAAGGUGUGCUCUCUGCAAUUUGCCAGGACCACCUGCACUGCUUCCAUGUCUUCCUUCUCACUCGCUUAUGUCACCUGUCCGACCCACAGAGGUCUCUGAGUUGUCAGCCUCUGGAUGAAACUAGAAGGAUUUAGCCUAGAGAAAAGGAGCAAUUAAAUAAUGCUUCAUGAGGAGCUUUCAAAAUAGCACUUCUUUCAUUAGCGGGGCAGAAAUAAUACAUCAGGCUUAAAAAAAUACAACAGUGAGGAGCCGACCCUGUGGCCAAGUGGUUAAGUUCACGCGCUCUGCUUCGGUGGCCCAGGGUUUCUCUGGUUUGGAUCCUGGGUACGGACCUA